AUGCCACAGGCUCUCCGCAUUAAAUUGGCUUGGAAGCCAAUCAGGUACCUCCUGACCAGUGCAGCACUUCAGCUUCUGACUGCAGGUAGAUCUUGGGGCCUAUUUCCAAUUAUGGCACCGCCACUCAGUGUGGUAAUCAAUGGCGAAAGGAAGACAUUGGUGGUUUGUGUGGUGAAUGACCUCUCAGAGGAAGCAGCAGGUAAUGUUUGGUUUUCCAAUGGAAAUGGGAGCAUGCUGGAGUCUUUCACCUAUACAGUUUCCAGAGGAGGAGAUGACGGUGUCAGCACAAUCUCUCAACUUGCCAUUCACACCAAAGAAUUUGAAUCAUGGGAUGCAAUUACUUGCUGUGUUGCACAAAACCAAACUUCAAGGAUGUGGGACACCACUUCUCUUCAAAUCUCUGAAGAAAGUAGAGAAGAUUCAUGCCUGGAUGAAAACCACGGAACCCAGGAUCAGAUAUCAUCCACUGAAACACAACGUAUCUGUUCUCAGAUCCUGCUUCUUUUGGCCAUCCGAAUGUUGCUCUUCAAGUUUCUCCUGACUGAUGUGUUGAUUACUUGUUGCUUCCUUUACAAGAGAAAAGACACAUCACCACAUCUGAAGUCUCACAAUUGUCCUGCAGUUCAUCCAUACAAAGUCAGAUUUGAUUCUACUCCAGUAUACAUUUACCAUGGAUUGUACAAAGAGCAAUGGAUUGCAGGGUUAAGAUAA